AUAUACAAUUUGAUAUUCGCAAGAGUAGAGAAUUGUUUUUUAUGUGUGGAGUUUGACAUUCGCACGAAUAAUCAGCUGUUUAAUUCAUGUCACCUUAUAUAUACUCGCUUGGAUAAUAACAAGAUGCCGGAAAAUGUGAUUAGCCCACGUCCAUCUAUACAUGAUAAACGCGACACACAAACACCCCAACGUGAAGAAUCUGAUCAAGAAAAUGAGUCGUCGAUCCUCAAUAGUAGUCAAGAUCAAAUUACUACUGAAUCAGGUUCUGAUCUUGAAGGAUUCGAUGGCAAUAACAUAUAUACCAGUAAAGAAUACACACGAAAAGCUGGGUUUAACGUGUCACGCAGUGUACCACGUACACCUAAGCGGCCAAAACCAAUCCCGGUGAAUGGUUCACGCACACUGCUAUAUACAGCAGAACGCAGUGAAACAUUGCAACAAAAAAGUACCCCGAAUAGCAGUUCCCUUAGGUACAUUAUUUUAUUAGGUCUAGUGGUAGUAUUUGCUGUUUAUUUUGCCCUGCCAAAAGAGGAAAUUAAAAAAGUGAAAUAUUGUUCCUUCGAGAAUUUACAAAAACUAUAUCCCCAAGAAAAGCCAAAGACAUGGCGAACUUUAAAGGUGGGUAUUGAAUCAAUUUUAAAUGAACGCGUACAACAGCCAGCAGUUUAUUUAUUUGCACAUCAUGGUGGCCAACAAGUUUUCCAAUUAAUAAAAGAUAUAGCAGUGCAAGCCUCUGGUUGUUUUGGUAAACAAAUGGUACCCAUUGAAAUGCAAAGCAACGAUUUCAUAUCAACACCCGGUGUUGAGGAUGACUAUGGCUAUGCAAUUAAGAAAUAUAAAGCUAAAAUUAAAGAGGGUAAUGUUAUAUUAAUCGCUAAUCUCAAUGAAAUACCAGCUGAAGCAGCCAGAGCUUUGCAUACCAUAUGUGACACUCAUAGUCCUAUAGCGAAAGAUGUGGUUAUAUUUUUAACGCUUACUAUACCACCAUAUACAGAGGGUAGUGCAACAGCCAAGGCCGAAGAUACUUUGAGAGAAUUGUGGGCAUUGAAAUUAGGAAACAAUGAAUUGGAUCCUUUAAUAACACGUGUCACCGAUCAAGUGAUUAUUGCGGAAAGUUGAAUGUUUUAAAGGGUAUUUUUUUCAUUAUAUUCUAAGUUUGCGAAAAUAAAUUGUUUGUAUUUAAUACAUAUUUUCACACUUUUAAA